AUGCCCAGUGAGCCGGACUUUCGGGUCAUUUCGUUCCAACCGCACUCUGGACAGGGCUCUGGGUCUGCGAGGAAAUACCGGCGCCGAAAGACGCAUCAGAAGUCCAAGACGGGUUGUUUGGGUUGUAAAGUGAAGAGAGUCAAGUGUGAUGAAGCCCGUCCAUCAUGUUCCCGGUGCCUCAGAAGCAAUGUCUGGUGCAACUACACGUCUGAUGACUCGGGCUCUGACUCUGUGUCCAACCCAGACGAAGAGACAUCAAUUGUCCUGGGGCGUAAGAUCCAGCGGUUCGGUACACUGGGCUCAUCGCCAGCGAUAUGUGGCUUCGAUCCCGACGAGUCUCAGACGCCAUACGGGACACCUCGCAUCGUUCUGAUGCACCACUUUCAGCACCUGUUUCCGGAAUUGCUCAUGCUAGAUGGAGCACAAGUCAACCCCAUUCUCUCCCUGGGUCUUUGCCGUCCAUUCUUACUAGACUCCAUUCUUGCCGUCUCAGCAUCGCAUCUCCGUGUUCAAUCCGCGUCCAAAUCUUCGCACCGCAUCGCAGAACAUUUCCAGCAGGCACUAGCUCUCAAGAACUUUCAGGGGGCGCUGACCGGGCCAUUAGACCAGCAGACCGCCGAUGCUCUAAUCCUAACUGCUAUGUUUCUCAACUUGCUGUCUUUCUCGUCGAUAGAGGACGAGAGUAUUGAGGGUUCAUGGGCCUACAGUGACCACCACGACAGAUUGGGAUGGCUGUCCCUCUCCCUAGGCAUAAAGCCACUCAUAUACGCGACAGAGACAUUUCGACCAGACUCCAUUCUCAGUUGGAUGUUCGACUCGUCUGACGACGAAGCCAAAACUUUCCACGGCGCAUGGGAGUCGAUGAAUCUGGAGGGCGUUCCCCAACAUUGGUUGGAGCUGGUUGGUCUGAAUCCAGAAUCCACACCCGAUGCAAAAUACUUUCAAACAGUGAGAAUCUUGAGCGAGACGACCAGGUUGGAGCCGAAACCAGAGUAUUUCUUCUUGUAUGCGAACAUGAUUGGGACGUUGGACGUUGAUUUUCGCUUUGAGCUGGAGAGGCGGGAUGAGGCAGCCAUGUGGUUGAUGGGAUAUUGGCUGGGCUUGUUGUGUCGGUAUGACUUUUGGUGGUGUCGGAAGAGAGUUAGUAGGGACUAUCGGGGUGUGUGUAAGAAGCUGCAGGAGAUGGGAGUUAGGAACAGGCCAGGUGCCGACGGCGUGAUGUGGAAAAAGUUGAUGGAUGAUUUGGAGACGAGUCCCUACUGGAAGGGCCUGAGAGAGUGUGGUCGGGUGUAUGGAGAGAUGUAG